AUUCUCCCUUUUGUAGUAACCACUCAAAGGGUUUCUACUACUUCACUCCUCAAAUGGCUUUUCCUCUUAUUCUUCUAGUUAUCUUGGUGUUGUGCCCUUGUGGUUACAGCCAACGUUCUCCUUCGCCGGGUUACUACCCGAGUUCUCGAGUACCGACUUCACCAUUUGAUCGUGAUUUUCGGACUCAAUGGGGGUUUCAACACCAACGCAGAGAAAACGAUAUGCUCACUCUUUGGCUCGACAAAUCUUCCGGGAGUGGAUUCAAGUCUCUCCGUCCGUACACAUCGGGUUACUUUGGUGCUUCUAUUAAAGUCCAAUCAGGCUACACAGCUGGAGUUGAUACGUCCUUCUUUCUCUCGAACCACGAAGAGCAUCGAGGAGACCACGACGAGGUUGAUAUCGAGUUUCUAGGAACAACGCCUGGGAAGCCUUAUAGCCUUCAGACUAAUGUAUUCGUGAGAGGAAGUGGUGACCGAAAUGUCAUUGGUAGAGAAAUGAAAUUCAACUUGUGGUUUGAUCCUACUCAAGAUUUUCACCAUUACGCAAUUCUGUGGAACCCUAAUCAAAUUGUAUUUUAUGUAGACGAUGUACCCAUACGUACGUAUGAUAGAAAGAUUGAAGCUAUCUUCCCUACCAGACCUAUGUGGGUGUACGGAUCAAUAUGGGAUGCAUCAGACUGGGCAACUGAGAACGGGAGGAUCAAAGCCGACUAUCGAUACCAACCAUUUGUGGCGCAGUACAGAAACUUUAAGCUAGCGGGAUGCACGGUAGGCGGGUCUAACUCAUGCAGACCACCAUCGGCUGCACCUUCAGGGAACCGAGGAUUGAGCCAGCAACAAAGGGAGGCGAUGGCAUGGGCACAGAGGAACUUCUUGGUCUAUAACUAUUGCCAUGACCCUAAAAGAGACCAUACACAAACACCAGAAUGUUAAAUAAACAGCACAACACAAAAGGAAAGGUUUUAAUACUUUUAUUUUGCAUUAUCAACUAUAUACAUAUUUAAGUUAAUAAUGGGAGGUUUUGAGACGGGUCCACACUGAGACUAAGUGCAGCAGUUAGAGCGUCCUGUCCUCCACGAUUUGAGAUUAAAAAGAAAAAGGUUUUUUAUAAUUUCGUUUUGUUCUGUUUGUGAUUUUCUAAUAAUUGUAAUAAUAUUGUGUUGUAUUUUUAAUAUAUGGUAUUGUAUUGUGGUGUUGGCCCAAAGAAGAAAAAAAGAGAAGGUGGUUGGCU